CGGACGCAACGCAAUCUGGUUUGACGAGGCCCUCAAGUAUGGAAGAAGUGAACCAACGGACACUUUCGAUAAUCCCAUUCUUAGUGGCCGCCUGGCUGAAUUUCAGUUUACUUCUCUGUCCCACUUCGACAAUACUUCCACGGAUCAAGAAAAUGACAAUCCGCGUGAUGGUCUCGAUACCAACGUCGUAUCGCCGAGUCAUUCUGUUGCAUCAGCUGAUGUAGACAGUAUUCCAUUCCUCAUCGACUGCCUGGAGCUUUGGGAACUCGUUAGCUA